AUGGACUGGGGAAACCAAACGGCCAUCACGGAAUUCCUCCUCCUAGGAUUUGGGGAUCUCCAUGAUCUGCAAAUUCUUCUCUUCCUGCUGUUCCUAGUGAUCUACAUCACAACUUUGGCUGGGAACAUCCUCAUCAUAGUGCUCAUUGUGGCUGAUCAGCAUCUGCACACCCCCAUGUACUUCUUCCUGGGGAACUUGUCAUUCUUGGAGACCUGCUACAGCUCCACCAUUCUGCCCAGGAUGCUGGCCAGUCUCCUGACUGGGGACAGAACCAUUUCUGUCAGUGGCUGCAUCACACAACUGUAUUUCUUUUGUGCUCUGGCAUCUACAGAGUGCUAUCUGCUAGCUGUGAUGUCUUAUGAUCGGUAUUUAGCAAUAUGUAAACCCCUUCAUUAUUCAUCUCUUAUGAAUACCAGAGUUUGCCUUCAGUUGGCUGCUGGGUCAUGGGUAAAUGGUUGUUUGGCUAUUACCAUCUUCACAUUAUUCAUGAUGCAGUUCAUAUUCUGUGGCCCGAACAAAAUUGACCAUUUCUAUUGUGAUUCCAUCCCAUUGAUAAAACUCUCCUGUGGGGACACACGAGUUAUCAUAUUGUUGGAUUUCAUCCUAGCCUCUAUAUUCACCCUACCUCCAUUUCUACUAACCUUGACAUCCUACGUUUAUAUCAUCACCACAAUCCUGCGAAUCCCUUCCACUACCGGGAGGCAAAAGGCCUUUUCCACCUGCUCCUCCCACCUCAUUGUGGUGACAAUUUUCUAUGGAACACUAAUGACUGUCUACCUGCUUCCAAAACUUGAUACACUGAGAUUCCUAAAGAAAGUUCUCUCGCUUUGUUACACAGUUCUGACUCCCCUGGUAAACCCCCUCAUCUAUAGCCUGAGAAACAGAGAGGUCAAAAAAGCUUUGCACAAAGCGGUCAGUAAAUAUGUGACUUUCACAAGGAACAUAGAGAAUCCUAUUUAA